UGCUCGCUAAAUAGCAAUUACAUUUUCCUUGCGGUCAGUGGUAUAAGGUUUAGGUGUUUGCUCUUUGUAGUUAGAGAAAUCGAUUUUUCGUGUUUGAAUUAUUGUUUCGUUUUGUUAAAAAAAAAAUAUAUAAAUUAACACCUAAUAAAGGCACAGCAAAUAAUUUAUAAAAUGUCUCAAAUUACGACUAGAAGUGGUGAUACGAGCCAGGACGAGAAAUUGCUGAUGCCUUUCAUAUAUAUACAGCAAGUUCCAGGAAAGCAGAUCCGUUCUAAACUAACUCUUGCAUUUAAUUACUGGUUAAAAGUGAGUGACGAGAAACUAAGAGCCAUUGGAGAGAUUGUGCAGAUGUUGCACAAUUCCAGCUUACUAGUAGAUGACAUAGAAGACAACUCGAUCCUGCGGCGAGGUAUACCAGUUGCGCACUCCAUCUACGGCAUCGCUAGUACCAUAAACGCCGCUAACUUUGUGGUCAUCAUCGCUUUAGAUAGGACCCUGCAGCUCGGACAUCCUAUGGCUACAACAGUGUACACGGAGCAGUUACUGGAGUUGCAUCGAGGGCAAGGCAUCGAGAUAUACUGGCGGGACAACUUCCAAUGUCCCACAGAGCAGGAGUAUAGUGAAAUGACUAUGAAAAAAACCGGAGGACUUUUCAUGCUGGCAAUUCGACUUAUGCAGCUAUUCAGUGACAAUAAAUCCGACUUCGGUAAACUCUCUUCAAUCCUAGGCCUGUACUUCCAGAUUAGGGACGACUAUUGCAAUUUAUGUUUACAAGAGUAUUCGGAGAAUAAAAGCUACUGUGAGGAUCUGACGGAGGGCAAGUUCAGUUUUCCAAUCAUACACGCGAUACAAAACCAGAAAGGCGACAACCAAGUACUUCAUAUUCUAAGACAAAGGACAAGAGACGUGGAAGUGAAGAGGUACUGCAUCUCGCUUUUGGAAAAGUUUGGCAGCUUCCAGUACACGAGGGAACGUCUGCAACAACUGGACGACGAGGCUAGAGCGGAGGUAAAACGCUUAGGAGGCAACCCGCAUCUAGAAGAAUUACUAGAUGAGCUUCUGAGCUGGCGUCGAGACAGCAAAAAACGAAACAACGAAGAGUAACUGUCGCCCGUAUAGUUUUUUUUUACUUUCAAUCGUUUGGGUAUGGUUGGUUUCGCUUUACAAUUAUUGAAUUACGAAAACAUCUCUGCCUGAUUAAACAGGACUCACACGGAAAUGCGUUUGGAGACCACCAAUCCGCACUCACCCCGCGUGGUGGACUGCGGCCUAAACCCUUCUCAAUGUAGAAGGAAACCCGUGCCCUGUCACCAACCUACACUACUAGGCCUAGCUUGCUGGCCUAUGAAGUAUAUAAUUAAAUAACCUUCAGAAGUGGGAUAUCGAAUGCAGGAAAGAAUUCGCAAAACGCACGGGUUUCAAAGAUAAGCGCAUUCAAAUAAACAAAAAAAUAAUCUUUCGCUUUGUAAUUAGUAUAGAAGGAAUCAAACUAGAAAUGGACUUUUGAGACGUAAAAUAAAUUUAAUAAAAAAAUACUGAAUUUGCAAUUGCACCAAAGUACUGUUGUUUGAACUGUUGAAUGUUUACAAUUUAUGUUUUAGAUAUUCAAAUACUCUUAAUUUUUAUAUUGUUGCUAAAUUUACUUAAAUUAUGUUCUGUACUUAUAUUAUUGGCGUUAUUUUGGUUUACGGAUUUGUACUAAUUUGAAUUAAGAAACAAUAGUUGUUUUUAAUAAAUUGUUACUAUCCUGUAUAUAUAUGAGUUGGCACUGUUGAUAUAAACGUCGUGUUAAAGACACAUUUAUGUUCAUGUCGGAGAGGCGAGGAGACGUACUAUGUUGAUGGGGUAUUUGUUACCAUUCAAUAAUAUAUUAAUAUAUCAUGUCUGUUAUGUAUAAGAGUUUGCAUUUUGUGUUGAUAUAAACGACCAUUCUGGGGUAUAUGUCAAUAUUCAAUAAUAUAUAUUAAUAUAACAUGCCUGUUAUACAUAUCAGUUAGCACUUUGCGUUGAUAUAAACGUUCUGUCUUUGUAAAUGUGGGAAAGGGGGGAUGUUGGUGAGGUAUUUGUUACUAUUAACCCAUAACUAUUAAUAUAUCAAGCCUGAUAUACAUAUGAGAUGCAAAAGAGGGGGAAGGGGUACUAUAUCGUUGGGUAUUACAGAAAAUAAUAUAAAAAAAAAAAUUCCACCACUUUAUCUUUUCAAUAAAUCAAUUAGGAGAAUUAUUGUACAUAGCAUACAGCAUACACAUAUCACCGUUGAUCUUAUGGUUGUCAACGCGUAAUUUAAAGAAUUCUAAAUAUUUCUCUAAAAUAUUGAUUUUAUAGAGGCUUCGGCCGGGGCUAGUUACCACCCUACCGACGCCAUUUAGCGUUCCGGUACGAUUAGGGGAAUCAGGUUAGCCCGCUACCAUCUUAGACUGUCAUCACUUACCAUCAGGUGAGAUUGCAGCCAAGGGCUAAUUUGUAGUGCAAUGAAAAAAAUAAGCUUUUGAUUCCAGGAAAACUCAUUCCAUCUGCAUAAUACCCCCGUUCUAAAUAGUAUUGUAUAAAAAAGAGCUCCAAUCACUACAUUUUGUUCCACUAACAUUCAAUUAAUACUGUUGUAUAUUUGUUUCGAAUUCUUAAAAUUAUUCUAUUAAAUCUAUAUAUUAAAUGUAAAGAUUAUUUUCGUUAAUUCUAAUGUAAAGUAUGUUUUAGUGUGAAUUUGACUCGUUGGUCCAGUUUUUAAGCUGCUCAUAUAAAUGUAUCACAUCACACAUGGUCCUUAAGCCCUGGUCAAAUAGUAAAUUGAAUACCUAAUGAUUGAGGCGAUGUCUAAAGAAAGUAACUUCACCAACUUUUAGGCGAUAACUAUUGGUUAAAGGUAUGCCUAAGUAUAUCCCUAGAUUAGGCUUAUUAGUGAAAAGAGAACGUUAUUCGUCCCGGCCACCCACCACCUCGCAUUGGAGCAGCAUGGUGGGUCUUUUAUCUAAAACCUCUAUGGAAUAGGGCUGUGCUAAGCUAUGGGACAUUCAUAGGCUACGGAUGAUGAUGUUUUAAAAAUAUUACAAAAUAAUAAAAAAAAUACCUA